AUUCCCCUCUCCCCGCCUUGCAUCUCUCAUCCGGCUUCGCUCCCUCCCCAGACGUCGAAAAGCGAAUCGAUGCGUCUUUCGGCUACUAUGCUUGAUUCUUCCUCUGCCUUUCACGCCAGCCUUCCCCCAUCGAUAGCCCCAUAUUCUCCGUCGCCUCCCCCGCUGCUAGCCUCGUUCUGCCCCGAUCUUGAUGCACUUUCCUAUCCUUCUCCCGCUCCAAGAAAACCGCUCCGUGGUUCGCCCUCGUCACCCUUCGGUAAGAAUCGCCAUGGCUUUGCGUGCUCUCUGGCGUGCUCUCGGGCCCGCCGAGACCACCACCAUCACCCGCUUUUCGCCGUGACGGCGCCCCGGGGCUGCGUCCCUCUCCCCCAUCCCUCUCCCCGCUUCAGCUCAAGCUCAAUCCCGGGCUCAAUCCCGAGCUCGGGCUUGAGCAUGGGCCGUCGGCGUCGGCGUCGUCCUGUUGGCGGCGACCGGUCUCAACCUCGGCGCUAUCGCAUCGCGGGUUCUGACCCUUGGCCCUGCUCUUCUUCACUGAAGCAUAAGCCGCGCAACUCGCGCAAAUACUCGAGGAACUACCCGCUCAAGGCCUCUGUUUACGAGGAUUUCGCUCCGGCGCUGCCACACCCAGCCUCGAUGGCGUCGCUCAAAUCGCUGGCCCUGGGCGCUCCCCGCCUGACCCACGUUCGGAGCCACGCUAACUCCCUCUCUCUCGAGCGGGACAGCCCCAAGGCCCUUCUCCUGGCUCCCCAGCCCGCCCGCAAGCCAAGGCACAGCCACCGCCGCCAUCCUCGUGGUCGGCGGUCGCCCUCCCUGGCCACGGUGACUCCCUAUCCCUAUCCCCUGGCCGGCGCCGGCGUCGCCCUGCUGGCUCCUCCCCCUCCUCCACGUGCCCACGUCGCUCUCCAUCCGCCGCCGCCGCCGCCGUCGCCGCAGUUUGCUGUCCCUGCCCCCGAGCCUACCCAGCGCCCGCACCGCAUCAACCCGGCACGCUACCAAGCCCUGGCUGCAAGCAUCCUCCGCCACCUCAACAGCCCGUCGUACUCGGGCUCGCCCGCGUCGCAAUCGGCAAAGUCGCUGGCCUUUGCGCCAACGCCGCUGACCCAGUGCUACAACCCCAAGCUCUGGAAGGCCGCGCACGACCAGUCGCCCGACCUGGGCCGCAACGACUACGAGGGCCUCCUCAAGCAUUUCGACAUCCCCGAUCAGCACUCGAUGCCCGAGCACCGCCAGUCCAUCGUCCUCGAUGACUAUCAGCCGGUCUCGGUGUACGAGGAGAUGGAUGACGAUCUCGACUCGUGCCUCGAUCGUGAGCUCGAUGCGGCUCUGAGUGUCGAGGCUGAGCAGGAUCUGUCCUCUCUGCUGACUCGGUCCAUGAACCAACUGGAUCUCGGCACAAGUCCGAGCAAGCAGUAGCGGGCCUCGCUGCAUCCUCUCCUUUCCUCAUCCCAUCCCACCUCCUUGGGAUGAUUGUACUGAUUGUAGGCUCUUGAUUUCUUUUUUUUUCUGGUUUUUGGUCGACCGCGCUAUUGGUUCCUCCCUAGAAACGCCAGAAGAUCAUGAAUAGUGCUUCGUUUCAGUCCAAGACAGUUUUGGAUCUGUAGCUUGUCUAAUUGUAUCAUGUCAUGUUGCUCCCGCUGUUAUAUCGAUCCGUUCUCCUGAAU